AUGUCUCUGAUAGUUGGUGUGGAUGACUACAGCUCAGAGUCUGAUGUGAUUAUUAUACCUUCAGCCCUGGACUUUGUCUCACAAGAUGAAAUGUUGACGCCACUGGGGAGACUGGACAAGUAUGCUGCAAGUGAGAACGUAUUUAACAGACAAAUGGUGGCCCGGAGUUUGCUGGACACGUUGAGGGAAGUCUGUGAUGAUGAAAGAGAUUGCAUUGCUGUUUUGGAAAGAAUUAGCAGAUUAGCUGACGAUUCAGAGCCAACUGUGAGAGCAGAGCUGAUGGAACAGGUGCCUCACAUUGCAUUGUUUUGUCAAGAAAACCGGCCUUCAAUCCCAUAUGCUUUUUCCAAAUACUUACUACCUAUUGUGGUUAGAUAUCUCGCAGAUCAGAAUAAUCAGGUAAGAAAAACAAGUCAGGCAGCUUUGCUGGCUCUGCUGGAGCAGGAGUUAAUUGAGCGAUUUGAUGUGGAGACCAAAGUGUGCCCUGUCCUCAUAGAGCUCACUGCCCCAGAUAGCAACGAUGAUGUGAAAACAGAAGCUGUGGCUAUAAUGUGCAAAAUGGCUCCCAUGGUUGGGAAGGACAUUACAGAGCGUCUUAUCCUCCCUAGGUUUUGUGAGAUGUGCUGUGAUUGCAGAAUGUUUCAUGUUCGAAAGGUCUGUGCUGCCAAUUUUGGAGAUAUUUGCAGCGUGGUUGGCCAGCAAGCUACUGAGGAGAUGUUGCUGCCCAGGUUUUUCCAGCUUUGUUCUGACAAUGUGUGGGGAGUCCGGAAGGCUUGUGCUGAAUGCUUCAUGGCGGUUUCCUGCGCAACAUGUCAAGAGAUCCGGCGGACUAAAUUGUCAGCACUGUUUAUUAAUUUGAUCAGUGAUCCUUCACGUUGGGUUCGCCAAGCAGCUUUUCAGUCUUUGGGACCUUUCAUAUCUACUUUUGCUAAUCCGUCUAGCUCAGGCCAGUAUUUUAAAGAAGAAAGCAAAAGCUCAGAAGAUACAUCAGUAGAAGACAAAAAUAGGAUCAGAGAUCAAGAAGUCCCAGAGGAUGUACAAAUCAGGCCAGAGGAUGUUUCUUCAGAUCCCAGUAUUAGUAAUUCCAGUGUCAAACUGGAAAACAUGGUGGAAGAACAUGCUGAAACAUCUAGGAAAUCUCCAGGUGAAAUAAGUGUUCCAAUGGACAGCUCUUUACUUUGUACUUUGUCCUCAGAAUCUCAUCAGGAAGCAGCUAGUAAUGAGAAUGAUAAAAAGCCCGCUAACUGCAAAUCUACAUUACGGCCAGAGGGUGGCACCAGCUCACCAGAUUCAGCUCUCUUAGAUCAGGAAUUGUACAACUCCUUCCAUUUCUGGAGGACUCCUCUUCCUGAAAUAGAUCUAGAUAUAGAGCUUGAGCAGGGCUCUGGGAAUAUACUCAGCCCAGAGAGACCAGAAGAAACACCUGAAGUCACCAUACCAGGUUCUUCAAAUAUCACUAUGGCCACCAGAAAGGAACUUGAAGAAAUGAUAGAAAAUCUAGAGCCGCAUAUUGAUGAUCCAGACGUUAAAGCGCAAGUGGACGUGCUGUCCGCCGCGCUGCGCGCUUCCAGCCUGGACGCCCGUGAGGAGGCCAGCGACGCCGAGAAGAGGAGUGACGGGCAGGACGCGCUGGGUGCGAAUGAGCUGCCAAACUGUAAAACAACUCACGACGCCUCCGUGCCUUUAAUCAGCGAUGCCGUUGAGAAUAUGGACUCUGCCCUUCGCUAUAUUCAUAACGACUCGGACUUGAGCACCAACAGCAGUUUUAGCCCUGAUGAGGAGAGGAGAUCUAAAGUACAGGAUGUUGUGCCUCAGGCUCUGUUAGAUCAGUAUUUAUCUAUGACGGACCCCUCUCGUGCCCAGACGGUCGACACAGAGAUUGCUAAGCACUGUGCAUACAGCCUUCCUGGCGUGGCCCUGACGCUCGGCAGGCAGAACUGGCACUGCCUGAGAGAGACCUAUGAGACACUGGCGUCAGACAUGCAGUGGAAGGUUCGUAGGACAUUAGCCUUCUCCAUCCAUGAGCUGGCAGUUAUUCUCGGAGAUCAGCUGACGGCUGCAGAUCUGGUUCCGAUCUUCAAUGGAUUUUUGAAAGACCUCGACGAAGUCAGGAUAGGUGUCCUUAAACAUUUGCAUGAUUUUCUGAAGCUUCUUCAUAUUGACAAAAGAAGAGAAUAUCUUUAUCAACUUCAGGAGUUUUUGGUGACAGAUAAUAGUAGAAAUUGGCGCUUUCGAGCUGAAUUGGCUGAACAGCUGAUUUUACUUCUAGAAUUAUAUAGUCCCAGAGAUGUUUAUGACUAUUUACGUCCCAUUGCUCUGAAUCUAUGUGCAGAUAAAGUUUCUUCUGUUCGUUGGAUUUCCUACAAGUUGGUCAGUGAGAUGGUGAAGAAGCUGCACGUGGCCACGCCACCCACGUUUGGAGUGGACCUCAUCAAUGAGCUUGUAGAAAACUUCGGUAGAUGUCCCAAGUGGUCUGGUCGGCAAGCCUUUGUCUUUGUCUGCCAGACUGUCAUUGAGGAUGAUUGCCUUCCCAUGGACCAGUUCGCUGUGCAUCUGAUGCCACAUUUGCUAACCUUGGCAAAUGAUAGGGUUCCAAACGUUCGAGUGCUACUUGCAAAGACAUUAAGACAGACCCUCCUAGAGAAAGAAUAUUUCUUAACCUCUGCCAGCUGUCAUCAGGAGGCCGUAGAACAAACCAUCAUGGCUCUUCAGAUGGAUCGUGACAGUGACGUCAAGUAUUUCGCAAGCAUCCAUCCCGCCAGCACCAAAAUCUCUGAAGAUGCCAUGAGCACCGCUUCCUCAACCUACUAG